GAUAAGAAGAGUUGCAGGGAAAGUAUAUAAAAGGGUCAGCUUAAAAACUUUUGCACAGCUAGAAUCAGUCUGGCACCAUUUGCUGACACCAUGUUUGGCUUCAAUAAAUUUCACCUUUUUGUUGUUCUGAUAUUCUUCCCGAAAACAGUUUACGGAUUUUACAUCAUAAAUGGAGAAAAGGCCCCUGCAAACUCAAUGCAGUACAUGGUCUCAGUCCAAAGCGCUGGGGAUCAUGUAUGCGGAGGCUUUUUGAUCAGUGAGGACUUUGUGGUCACUGCUGCACACUGCGGUACACCCAAACCUGAUGUGGUUGUUUUGGGAAGUCAUGAUCUCAAGAGUUCAAACAAAGAGAAAAUAAAUAUUGAAUACACAUGCAAACACCCAGAUUACCGGGAUAUAGGGUAUGGCAAUGACAUCAUGCUUCUCAAGCUCUCAAGGAAAGCUUCUGUAAACAACAGAGUAAAGACCAUUCACAUUCCAAGGUUUGAUAUUUUCUUAGAUGACAAUCAAAUGUGUUCUGUCGCUGGAUGGGGUAAAACUGAAACCAACAACUUCAGUAAUGAUCUGAGAGUGGUCAAAGUGUCAAUCAUCAAUAAAGAAGUCUGCAAUAAGGAGUGGCAGUAUAGGCUUCCACCCAAUGUGAUCUGUGCUGGUGGAUAUAAUACAAGAAAAGGAUUCUGUCAGGGUGAUUCUGGUGGCCCUCUGGUGUGCAACGGGAUAGCUGUUGGUGUUGUGUCAUUCAACCUAAACAAUAACUGCGACUACCCAAAUGUGCCCAAUGUCUAUACCGACAUUUCUAAAUAUCGUGACUGGCUCAAACAUGCUGUAGAGACAAAAACGUGUUAAUCUGCAGACUUUUAGAAGGGAUCAAUUAUCCAGCUCAACCUCAUAGUGUGUGGGAGGAGAGAUUGUGCUUCUAAUUUAGGUCACUCUGGCUGUUUCUAGGCUUCAUCUCAAUUGCGCAAUAAAACAAAAAGCUGCAGAAA